AUGCUAAAAUCGCAACGGCGCGUAUUUAAGACUCAUUUCGUUCACUUUCGAGGUCGAGUUCGAGUUCUCUCCUCAUUUUCCACAUUUUCCACAUUUGGUUCAGAGAAACCAAUUUGCUUAGGGAUUAGUGAUUAUGUGACAGAGGGAGGAGUUCGUGUACCAACGAAGCCUCUUCUCCAUUGGAAUUUUGGAACGAGGAGAGCUAGAUUGGUAGUGCUUCCUAUCAGAGGAAGAAAUUGGUGUUUCAGCAGAUCCAUCGACCUUGCCGCUUCGGAUUCUGAUUCUACUCAGAUUCCUUCCACUUUGAAGGAUCUCUGGACAAAAAUUCCAUCGUCUUCUUCCUCCAAAUCAGACGCUCUCUCCCGCAGCACUGGUAGAAGCAAUGCGGAGAUUGUUACUGAUUUCAUCUCUUUCAAGAUGAAUAAAGCGUGGACUGCUCUUGAGAAGGCUCCUGAUAAAUCGUUUAAAAAUAAACUUCACGGGAUCGGAUUGAUGCUUUUGUCUCGAGUUACGCCGUCUGAGAUAUUCUUCAAGUCAAUAACUAAAGAUAUCACGAGUGUCGAAAUAACAUAUCCAUCGAGUUUGAAUUCACGGCUAGUUCGCAGGAGGUUACGGCAUAUUGCUCUCAGGUUUUACCGCUUCCAAACAUGCCUUUCUUUUGGGUUUUGGUUCGCGCAUAUUCUCAUUGGCGAGCUCUGAAGGAUUCGCAGCCAUCAAAGGAACUCGACGAAAUUCUGAGUCGGAUGGAGAGACAUGAUGAUAUAACUACAAUUAAGGAUACAAUGAGAUCAGCGAUUGAUCCAAUUUUCGUAUGGGGGGAAAGAAGGUGCAACAUUCAAACAAAGAUGAUUGAACAAAUUCACAAAAUGAGGGCAUCACAUACGCGCUUGGAUUAAUGUGUGAUCUUAUCCAUCCCCAAGACAACAAGAAUCGGAUUCGUCCAAGAAGUUCUCUUCUUAAUACAACCCAAAUGUGGUUGGCACCAGAUAACCAUAAUGGUCAGUAGUACUACCCUUUUAUUUAUUUUAUUUUUUGCAUCGUAUUUAGUUUUUUAGUAUCAUUUAAAAACAUUAAACUAUUUGAUCUAUAACAUUGAAACUUAUUAGAGUUUAAAUUAGGUAAUUAGUUUAAAUCAACAUAAUUAAUAGAUUAAAGUUAUAAUUGCCCAUCAUGGA